AACAUGGCCGCCUCCCCGCCGCCAGACGUGUGUUUGGAAAAUACGGACGAACAAAUGAACUCCGCAAUGGAAAGAGGCGAGUGUUCAGCCGAAGUGAAGGAGAGCGUACAUGAAAUCAAAACACUCAAGAAAAAGGACCCAGAAACAGAGGACACUUUUAAAAAACCGGCUCUUUUCGCUGCUCCGUCGCUCACCAUCAAACGCAGUAACGCAGCACCGUCCAAACCAGCAGCAGCCGAGAUAAAACAAGUGAAAGAAGAAGACGAAGCUAUAGACGUGGACACAGAAAGGGCAGAUGAUUCUGGUGUUGUUAGUGAAAACAAACCUACCGAAAAAGUCUUAGAAGAGGAGAAGAAAUGCGCUAAAGACAAGAGCGUGGCUCCUGUCAAACCAAAGACAGAAGCGAAGCCCAGGGUGCUACCUGCUAAAGCCCCCCCCGUUGGUAAAUUCCCCCCUAUCCCAUAUACAGAGCCACUAUGGGGUGGCACGGCUCCAGAUACCCCCUAUGCUCUGGAAAUCCUUAAAAACGGCACCAUAGUGGACACGGUGCCCCUGACAGAUAAAAGCUACAUCGUGGUUGGACGUCUGCCUGUGUGUGACGUCCCUCUGGAGCAUCCCUCCAUCUCCAGGUACCACGCCAUCAUCCAGUACCGCAGAGAGCAGGGAGAGGGGGAGUCUGUGGGGGAGGAGAGGGGCUUUUACGUCCAUGAUCUGGGCAGCACGCACGGCACUGUUGUCAACAAGAACAAGAUUCCCCCCAAGACCUUCAUCAGGAUCCGUGUGGGACAUGUGUUAAAGUUUGGUGGGAGCACGAGGCUUUUUGUCCUGCAGGGUCCAGAGUUUGAUGAGGAAGAGGAGUCUGAGCUUUCAGUGACCGAGCUGAGGGAGAAAGCCCGGAAAAAAAGGGAAGAGCUGGAGAAGAGGAUGAUGGGAGACGGUUCUGAUGAUGAUGAGAAGGAGGAAGACGGGCAAUCUGAAAGCAGCAAGGGCUCGGGCAAACCAUCAAACGAUGACUCAGGCUGCUCAUGGGGAAUGGCUGAGGAAGCCGCUCCGGAGGAAGACGAGAACGAGGAAAACCCGUUUUCAACCGAGUUCCAGGAGGACCAGGAGGCAGCGUACCUGAAAGACCCAAAGAAGGCUCUGCAGGGCUUCUACGACAGAGAGGGAGAGGAGCUGGAGUUUGAGUACGAAGACAAAAGCCAUGGCAGCUGGCUCUGCAGAAUAAAGCUCCCUGUGGACGACGCCAUGGGCCGGCAGCUGGUUGCCGAGGUGACCCACACAGGGAAGAAGAAGGAAGCAGCCAUUCAGUGCUGUCUGGACGCCUGUCGAAUGCUGGAGGCCAGAGGGCUGCUCCGCCAGGAAGCAGUGUCCCGUAAGCGCAAGAAGAAGAACUGGGAGGACGAGGACUUCUACGACAGCGACGAUGACAACUUCCUGGAUCGGACCGGCACUGUGGAGAAGAAGAGGAAGGAGAGGAUGAAAAAGGCCGGGAAAGUUGCCGAGCGGCCUGAAACCUACGAGUCAUUGGUGGACAAACUGUCGAAGGUGGAGAAGGAGCUGGCGGAGACUCAGAGAAAGCUGAGCGGAGGGAAAGGAGACUCCUCCGGCUCCUCCUCUGAGGACCCUCUGGACGCAUUCAUGACGGCGGUGAGGACCGAGGUGGCGAUGGAUGCCGUGGAGCGCAGGAAGCUUCACGUGCACUCGGCCGACUUACGCAAAGAGGUUCAGAGGCUCUGCAAACUGGUGGAGCUGACGCGGCCCGCACAGAUGCCCUCGCUGCUGCCGGGUGGUAGCACAGAGCCGGAGAAACCUAAAAAGUCCUUACCGCUGUUCGGAGCCAUGAAAGGAGGAAGCAAAUUCAGACUGAAGACCGGGACCAUCGGGACGUUACCUCCGAAGCGCCCCAACUUACCCGCAGAGCUGUUCAACAUGAAAAUACUUCCACCACCAAGUAUAGAGGAGGAGGAGGAGGAGGAGGAAGAAGAAAAGGAGGAGGAGGAAGCAGCAGAGAAAAACGAGGAUAAUGAUGAUCAAGAGUGUGAAACUAUGACUGAGAGUAAUGAAGAGUCUGAAGCGUCCACGUCUAUACAGAAGACGCAAAAACAGAGGUCACAAGAGCCAAAAGGGUCAAGCAACAAACAGAGGAAAAGUGAGGAGUGUGAUGAACCCGGGAAGAAGGGUCCCCAGGCUGUGGCCCCAUCGAGUCCAGGAGCAGGGGGUGAUGGAGAGCCAGCAGCACAGCACAGCCCCAGGAAGAACAUGAAGAAGAAAGUGAUGGGCCCCAGCAGGCCACCGAAGCAGCUCUCUGAAAAGUAUCCGGAGGAUGACCCUGAUUACUGUGUGUGGCUGCCUCCUACAGGUCAGUCUGGAGACGGCCGCACACACCUCAACGACAAGUUCGGCUACUGAGGGGAACAGAGGAGAAGGAAAGCUCUUGUGUCUCCACUCCGGCAGCUUAUAUUCUGCGUACAAUACCUGCAACACAAAGCCUGCAGUCUCCUCAGCGCCGACCAUUAACCCUUCUGCCGGCCCCUGCGAGGCGUUCAGGGACCUGCAGAAGGAGAAUAAUAAAGCACCUUUCCCUAUCUUAGCAUGCUCAGACUGCCAUAAUCAUUCUAUUUCACAUUAUUCUGGCAAGCUCCGUGAGCAGACACUGGGCAGGCAGCCCGCUGGCACUUACCACCCAUGACAAUAAUAGAGAUGAAAGCUUGUUUUUUUACUUUUAAUUCUUUAUCAUCCAAGCAGAAAAUAAAAAAAUCGACAGAGCAGGAGCGCUAACUGAUCUGAAUUCAGCUUUCUGGCUCUUUGGCUCUUCUAGUUUUGAAUCCACCUGACAUCCAAUUGGCGUAUUUGGCUUCAGUCGAUCGCUGGCAUCAUUUUUUCAAUUCUUUCUUAUAAAAGGAGAGUGUGGAGAAAGAGAGGGAGAGCAUUGAAGCAGCUUUUCCGACCAUCUGGACACUUGGAUGGCUUACUGCUUGAAACGCAAGCUGAUAAUGACUCAAGCUAAGUGGAGUGUGUGCCUGCGUGUACACACACUCACACACACAGCCCCAACCUUCUCAAAGUUCUCUUUUUAACAAGAUUGUCUUUAACGGUGACUCAGCGAUCGGUGUGUUUGCCCAGAGCAGGAUUCCUCUCUCUGUGAAAUCCCACUCAGUGCUGCUGGUAUACGGCCAUACUCUACACCCUCAGUGUAAAGAAUUGUAUUUUUGUUAUAUAAAUGUUGAAUAAAAUUGUCUGUACGUCG